AUGCGCCACUCGAAGCGAUCCAAAUUAACCGUCGACGAUAUUAAUGCAGCACUGCGUGUGAAAAAUGUAGAGCCACUUUACGGAUAUGCGUGCGGCGAGACACCUCGAUUCCGAAAAACCACGGCCAAUGCCACAGAUCUGUACUUUGUGGAAGAUGAGGAAGUCGACUUCGAUACCAUUCUUAACAAACCGUUGCCGAAAAUUCCGUUGGACGUCACUUUCACAGCACAUUGGUUGGCCAUUGAAGGCGUGCAACCGGCCAUACCACAGAAUCCCACUCCCAGUGAUGCCAAGGCCGACCUUUUGACAAAGCGUCCCAAACACCAUGCGGCGUCGAAUGGCAUCAAUACCGACCAAGUGGAUGUGAAACCACUUGUGAAGCACGUGUUAUCCAAGGAAUUACAAAUGUACUUUGAACGCAUUACCGAAGCGGUUUUGAGUCCAGAGGAACGAUUAAGAUCGCAGGCUUUCGAAAGUCUCCGCUUGGAUCCAGGCUUGCAUCAGCUAUUGCCUUACUUUAUACAACACAUUCAUAAAAAGGUGACGCAGAAUCACAAAAAUCUGGAGGUGCUCGAUGCGAUGCUUUCCAUGGCUCACUCACUGCUAAACAACAAGCAUCUCUUUGUGGAACCCUAUGUAAGUACGCAGCAUAUACAACUGAACUGUCGUUGA